AUGAAAGGGAGAGCGAAAGACAUGUUGUGGCUUCUCACCCUCGAUGACCGGCUUGGUGUUGCCCCGCCAUGCAAAGAGGGCACCACUGUUGGUCGGGUUCUCGACGUCGGCACUGGGACAGGAAUUUGGGCUCUUAACUUCGGGGACGAGCACCCAGAGGCUGAUGUUUAUGGAAACGACCUGUCGGCGAUCAUGCCCGGACAUGUCCCCCCCAACGUCAAGUUUGAGAUCGACGACAUUGAAGAGGAAUGGACGUGGUCGCGGCCAUUCCAAUACAUCCACAGCCGACUGAUGACCUCGAGUAUCAGUGAUUGGGAGAUCUAUCUGCGCAAAUGUUACGACAACCUUGAGCCUGGGGGUUACCUCGAACUCCAGGAGAUAGACCUCUUCCCCCGCUCCGAUGACGGAACGCUUAAGCCUGAUAGCGCGUUCUCAAAGUGGGCGAAGUUUCUCUACGAAGCGUCAGUCAAGUUUGGGAGGCCCUAUGUGGAGAUGGCUAAGAUCCGAGAUCUCAUGACCAGAGUUGGCUUCCAGGAUGUUACCAUGAGCGUCUAUAAGUGGCCUUCUAACAGUUGGCCCAAAGACACAACCUAUAAGGAGUUGGGUAUCUGGAACAACGAGAACGUUCUGUCCGGCCUGGAAGCAUUCUCCAUGGCUCCUCUGACGCGCGCUUUGGACUGGAAGCCGGAAGAAGUGAACGUAUUUCUCGUUGAUGUGCGUAAAGACGUCAAGGAUCGAAGCAUCCACGCAUACUGGCCAACAUACUGCGUUGUUGGCCGCAAGCCGGAAGCUCCCGCAUCGCCUGCUGCUGCUUGA